UGGAGAUGGUCACGAGCCACCUGGUUGUGGUCCUCCAUGGACCGGUUCUAGGUGGCCCUGCUUGAGAUGACUCCCAGAGGUCCCACCCCCACCUCCACGGGGUGAUCCCCAAACUUGCUGAGGGGCAUCAUCUGCCCCACCUUCCACAUCCUACGAAGGUCUUCUGCUCUCCAGCCCUUGGAGAUGGUCACGAGCCACCUGGUCGUGGUCCUCCAUGGACCAGUUCCAGGUGGCCCUGCUCGAGGUGACUCCCAGAGGUCCCACCCCCACCUCCACAGGGCGAUUUCUGAGGUUCCUUUGGGGGCUUCAGGAGAAGACAUGGCCCCGUCCCACGGGUGACGUCCCUCUGUUGACCCCUGGGGACCCAGGUUGGGCCUGGUUGGAUCCUCCCACCCCCCCCCAAACCUGCUGAGGGGCAUCAUCUGCCCCACCUUCCAGAUCCUACCAAGGUCUUCUGCUCUCCAGCCCUUGGAGAUGGUCCUGGUCCUCCAUGGACCAGUUCCAGGUGGCCCUGCUCGAGGUGACUCCCAGAGGUCCCACCCCCACCUCCACGGGGCGAUUUCUGAGGUUCCUUUGGGGGCUUCAGGAGAAGACAUGGCCCUGUCCCACGGGUGACGUCCCUCUGUUGACCCUUGGGGACCCAGGUUGGGCCUGGUUGGGUUCCUUCAAGAAGGUCCACACGUGGUUGGUGGGCUCCGUAGAGUCGUGUCACUUCCUUGGGUGAUGGCUUGAUGCUGAAGGAGCUGCUUCGAGGUUUAGAAAAGGACCAAAAAGCCCCAAAUCCCUCCCCAAAAAAUUCCCCUUUUGCGUUGUCGGGUCCUCUCUUACUGGGAGAACUGGGAGGGGCAGCAGAUGAAGGUGAUGGAGACGUGAUGGGGCCCCUUUGGUGGAGACCCCCUUGGCGGGCGGAUUCCACGUCCGAGCAGCUGAAAAUAUCCAACUUUUCUCUAAAUUUGGGGUCAAAUUCACAAAAUUAGACCUUUGUGAGGUGGGUUUGCCCUUUGGUAGAUGUUCCGUCGUGGAAGGUCCAGGCUUUGGAAGGACCUUCCUCAUCGUCUUUGCUCCUCGUCACCUUCAUAGUUGCUUUGGAAGGAGAAUUUCUUCUCUCUGGUUCUCAUCCGCGCCUGAAACUCGCUAAAAAUGGGGGAAAUUCCCUCGAUUUGCUUUUUGGUGGCCAAAAAAAUCAACUUUGAGGUGUCUCUUCCUGCUUCUUCAGGGCAGGAGAAGACACGGGGUGAAGGGGGAGGGUUGAUGACCCACCACCCAACGCUCGAAUUUCUUUCGUUUCCACUUAACGGUGGAAAUAUCGAUUAUUGGAGGAGCUUCUCUGAGGACUUUGUGUUGGGUCAAGGAGACGUGGUGGCCCUCUGCCACCCCUGGGCCGUGGUGACAUUUAGGUCCUUAUGGAGCUUUAUCGCUUUGUGUGAGCCCAAAGACCUCAAGGGUGGGUCCAAAAACCUCAAGGUUGGGCCCAAAGACCUCAAGGUUGGGCCCAAGCCUCAAAAGGUUGAUCCAAAGACCUCGAGGUGGGCCCAAAGACCCCAAAAGUUGGCUCAAAGACCUCAAGGGUGGGCCUAAGACUCAAAAGGUUGACCCAAAGACCUCGAGGUUGGGCCCAAGACUCAAAAGGUUGAUCCAAAGGCCUCGAGGUGGGCCUAAAGACCUCAAGGUUGGGCCAAAGACCUCAAGGUUGGGCCCAAGACUCAAGAGGUUGAUCCAAAGGCCUCGAGGUGGGCCCAAAGACCUCAAGGUUGGGCCAAAGAGGGGGUGGGAGGAAGAGCCGGGGUUUCACGUGGACCUCUCCGAUGUCUCCCCCAGGCUGAGAAGGUGAAACCAAAGCUGCUGUGAAGUCCUCAAGUGAAGGCAGAGGGAUUCCCCGGGGCGGAUCCAGCCGGCACCAGCAUCCCAGCAAGAUGGAGAAGGAGGAGGAGACCCGGGAGAUCCUGCUCCCCAACUGGCAGGGCAGCGGCUCCCACGGCAUCACCAUCGACCAGACGGACGACGGGGUCUUCGUCAAACGGGUGCAGCAGAACUCCCCGGCCGCCAAGAUGGGCGUCGUGAAGGAAGGGGACCAGAUCGUGAGCGCCACCGUCUACUUCGACAACCUGCAGUCGGGGGAGGUGACGCAGCUCCUCAACAGCAUGGGCCACCACCGGGUGGGUCUGCGCCUCCAACGCAAAGGGGACAGGUCCCCGCUGCCGGGACAGGCCUGGUCACACGAGGUCUUCUCGGCCACCACCCCCGAAGUUGUCCUGAGCGGUGACGAUGAGGAGUACAGGAGGAUCUACACCACCAAGAUCAAACCGAGGCUGAAGUCGGAGGAGGUGCUGGAGGGGGAGGUUGGUGGGACGCAGAGCAGGACCAUCACCGUCACCAGGAAGGUCACGGCCUACACCGUGGACGUCAGCAGCCACGAUGGAACUGGAGACCUCCAAGUCCUCGGCCCCGAAUUUAAGAUCCUCAUCCCGAGCCAGGAGACGACCCACACGACGGAGACGGUGGUGGAAGGAGACCUUGGGAUGGUGGGACCUGGGGGAAGCAGCCGAGGCCCGGACUGGAGCGUGGACCUUCGAGGACCAAGGGUUGAUUCUUCUUCUUCUUCUUCUGCCCACAAGUUGGACGUCCACCUCGGGGAGGUUCCUUCAGGAAAGGUCGGGAUGACGGCGUCGGGAUCUCCAGGCCUGGACCUGAGGACUCGCCUGGACCCUCAACUGCCCCAGAGCCACGUUCCUGGUGGAGAAACUGGAAAAUCCAUGAUGGUGGAGAUGGUGGGAGGUGACGGUUUGGGCUCCUCCUCCAUUGGGUCGCCCAGAAUCGAGACCAACGGACAGAUGGGCAACCUGGAGGUGGGGUUUCACCUCAAGGGGCCUGGGUUGGACGGCAAAGGACACGGCCACGUCGGGGGGACACCGUCCCACCUUGAUGGUUCCACCCCUCAUCUUCAGGGAGGUCUCCAAGGCCCCGGCGUCGAGGUUUCGGCACCGACGAUGGAAACCUCCCCCCUCGACGUGGGGAAAAUCAACUUCCCCGCCUUGAAAAUGCCCAAAUUUGGGUUCCCCACGGCGGGAUCCGGCCCCGAAGCUCCAGCCCCCCAAGUUGGGGUCCACCUUCCGGCGGUGCCGAAGCCGCAGUCCCCGUGCCUGGAUGUCACCUCCUCCUCUUCCAUCCACGUCCCGUCAACGGACGUUUCGGUUCCUUCAACGAAAGGCCCCAAGGUGGAGGUGGGGCUGAAGGGGGCUGCCCUACAAGUGGAGGUCCCCGGGGUGGGGAUCAAAGGACCCGCCGUCGAGCUCCCGCCUUCUUCUGAGGUGGAAAUUCCUGGUGGGAAGGGGAUCCUCAAAAUGCCCCACAUGAACUUCCCCAAAUUUACCGCCUCGGACUCGCGAGGGGAAGGUCCCGGGGUGGAAAUGGCGCUGCCCAAGGGCCAGGUGGGACCGGUGGUGGCCGACGUUGGCCUUCCCGAGGUGGCCACCAAAGGAGAAUGGAAAGGCCCCACGUUCAAGAAGGUGGAAACGCCCCACAUCUCUCUGUCGGACGUAAAUCUGAAGCUGAAGGGACCUCAGGUGAAGGGAGACGUGGGCGUCACCGGCCCCGGGGUGGAAGGACUUGGCUCCAAAGGUCUCAAGAUGGACGUCAAGGCUCCUGAUGUUGAGUUUGAAGGUCCAGGAGGUUGCUUGAAAGGACCCGGCGUCUCCGCGCCGGAUAUGGACAUUCACCUGAAGGGACCGAAGGGGAAGGGAGAAGUGGACGUUUCCGUCCCCAAAAUGGGUGGCACCUUGAAAGGGCCUCACUUUGACAUCAAAGGCCCCAAAGUGGGCGUGGACGUCCCCGACGUAGAUGUCAAAGGCCCCAAAGUUUCCAUGCCUGAGAUGAGCUUCAAGACCCCCCAGAUCUCCAUGCCCGACAUCGACCUCAACCUGAAAGGCCCCAAAGUGAAGGGUGACCUGGACGUUUCCGUCCCCAAGGUAGAAGUUGGUUUGAAGGGUCCUGAACUGGAUCUCAAAGGCCCCAAAGUUGACCUUGGAGCACCAGAGGUGGACAUCCAUGGGUCAGAGGGCAAAGUGAAGAUACCUAAGAUGAAAAUGCCCAAAUUUGGGGUGCCCGGACUGAAAGGAGAGGCCCCCAGCGUCGAUGUGACCCUUCCAAAGGGUGAGGUGGACAUUUCUGGCCCCAAGGUAGAUAUCGAUGUACCAAGCGUGGACAUCAAGGGGCCAGAAGGACAACUGAAAGGCCCCAAGGUCUCUCUGCCAGAUGUUGAUCUCAACCUGAAAGGCCCCAAAGUGAAGGGUGACCUGGACGUUUCCGUCCCCAAGGUAGAAGUUGGUUUGAAGGGUCCUGAACUGGAUCUCAAAGGCCCCAAAGUUGACCUUGGAGCACCAGAGGUGGACAUCCAUGGGCCAGAAGGUAAACUGAAGAUGCCAAAGCUGAAAAUGCCCAAAUUUGGGGUGCCUGGACUGAAAGGAGAGGCCCCCAGCGUCGACGUGACUCUUCCAAAGGGUGAGGUGGACAUUUCUGGCCCCAAGGUCAAUAUCGAUGUACCAAGCGUGGACAUCAAAGGGCCAGAAGGACAACUGAAAGGCCCCAAGGUCUCUCUGCCAGAUGUUGAUCUCAACCUGAAAGGCCCCAAAGUGAAGGGUGACCUGGACGUUUCCGUCCCCACGAUGGGAGCCGAUUUGAAGGGUCCUGGACUUGACCUCAAAGGCCCCAAAGUUGACAUAGAAGCCCCAGACGUGGACAUCCACGGGCCAGAAGGGAAAUUGAAGAUGCCAAAGCUGAAAAUGCCCAAAUUUGGGGUGAAAGGAGAGGCCCCCAGUGUCGAUGUGACUCUUCCAAAGGGUGAGGUGGACAUUUCUGGCCCCAAGGUCAAUAUCGACGUGCCGAGUGUGGACAUCAAAGGGCCAGAAGGACAACUGAAGGGCCCCAAGGUGAAGAUGCCUGAGAUGAGCUUCAAGACCCCCCAGAUCUCCAUGCCCGACAUUGACCUCAACCUGAAAGGCCCCAAAGUGAAAGGAGACCUGGACGUUUGCGCCCCAAAACUGGAAGGAGAACUCAAAGGACCCGGACUUGACCUCAAAGGCCCCAAAGUUGACAUAGAAGCCCCAGACGUGGACAUUCAUGGUCCAGAAGGUAAACUGAAGAUGCCAAAGCUGAAAAUGCCCAAAUUUGGGGUGCCCGGACUGAAAGGAGAGGGCCCCAACGUUGACGUGACCCUUCCGAAGGGUGAGGUGGACAUUUCUGGUCCAAAGGUAGAUAUCGAGGUGCCGAGCGUGGACAUCGAAGGGCCGGAAGGAAAAGGGAAAGGUCUCAAAUUUAAAAUGCCCGAACUCAACAUUCAGACGCCCAAACUGUCCAUGCCAGACGUAGACCUGAGCUUGAAGGCUCCCAAACUCAAGGGAGACGUAGAUAUCUCUGGUCCCAAGGUCUCCGGAGAUCUGAAAGGUCCCAAAAUGGAGGUGGAAGGUCCCCAGGUUGACGUUGAGAUGCCCGAGGUAGACUUGGAAUGUCCAGAAGGGAAAAUAAAAGGCCCCAAAUUUAAGAUGCCCAAACUUAACAUCAAAGCCCCCAAAAUAUCGAUGCCGGACGUAGAUUUGAACUUAAAGGGACAUAAAAUUAAAGGAGAGAUGGAUGUUGCAGCUCCAAAGUUGGAAGGUGAUUUGAAAGGGCCGGAGAUCGACGUCAAGGGGCCGAAAAUAGACGUGGAGGUCCCCGACGUCAACCUGGAGUGUCCAGAAGCCAAACUGAAAAUGCCCAAAGUCAAAAUGCCUCAUUUCCACGUUUCUGGCCCAAAGCUUGAGGGACCUGAGGUCGACGUCAACCUGCCCAAAGGGGAGAUGGACCUUUCCGGGCCGGAGGUGGAGAUGGAAGGGCCAGAGCUGGAGGUGACAGGACCAGAAGGCAAAUGGAAAGGUCCUAAGUUCAGGAUGCCGAAGUUGAACAUCAAAACCCCCAAAAUCUCCGUGCCGGACGUGGACAUCAACCUGAAGGGACCUAAAGUGAAAGGAGAAGUGGAUUUUGGGGCUCCUAAGAUUGAAGGUGACCUGAAAGGGCCAGAAAUCGACAUCAAGGGGCCAAAAGUGGAUGUUGAGGCCCCCAAUAUCGAUUUGGAGUGUCCCGAAGGAAAACUGAAAGGCCCCAAGUUCAAGAUGCCCGAGAUGCACAUCAAGGCCCCCAAGAUCUCCAUGCCCGACGUGGACCUCAACCUGAAAGGGCCCAGCAUGAAGGGGGAUGUUGAAAUCACGGCUCCCAAGCUGGAGGGUGACCUGAAGGGUCCCGAGGUGGACAUCAAGGCCCCUAAAGCCGACAUUGACGUGCCAGAUGUAGAUCUUCAUGGUCCAGAGGGCAAAUUCAAGAUGCCCAAGCUCAAAAUGCCCAAAUUUGGGAUGCCGGGGGUGAAAGCAGAAGGUCCAGAGGUGGAUAUUGAAAUCUCCAUGCCCGAUGUCGAUUUGAAUUUAAAGGGCCCCAAACUGAAGGGGGGUGUGGAUGUGUCUGUCCCCAAGCUGGAGGGUGUGCCAGAAGGGAAGGUCAAGGGCCCCAAGUUCAAGAUGCCUGAGAUGCACAUCAAGGCACACAAGAUCUCCAUGCCCGAUGUCGAUUUGAAUUUAAAGGGCCCCAAACUGAAGGGGGGUGUGGAUGUGUCUGUCCCCAAGCUGGAGGGUGACCUGAAAGGUCCUGACGUGGACAUCAAGGGCCCCAAAGUCAACAUUGAUGUGCCAGAUGUGGACGUUCACGGCCCAGAAGGCAAAUUCAAGAUGCCCAAGUUCAAAAUGCCCAAAUUUGGGAUGCCGGGGGUGAAAGCAGAAGGUCCAGAGGUGGACGUGAACCUCCCAAAAGGGGACAUUGAUAUUUCUGGCCCAAAGGUGGACAUUGAAGGUCCAGAGGUGGAUAUUGAAGGCCCUGAGGGGAAGGUGAAGGGUCCCAAGUUCAAGAUGCCUGAGAUGCACAUCAAGGCACCCAAGAUCUCCAUGCCUGACAUCGACUUGAACCUGAAGGGUCCCAAAGUGAAGGGAGAUGUGGACGUGUCCGUUCCCAAGCUGGAAGGUGAUUUGAAAGGCCCAGAAAUUGAUAUCAAAGGCCCCAAGGUUGAUGUUGACCUUCCUGAUGUUGAGCUGGAAGGUCCUGAAGGGAAACUCAAAGGCCCCAAGUUUAAGAUGCCCGAGAUGAACAUCAAAGCACCCAAGUUCUCCAUGCCCGAUGUCGACUUCAAUCUGAAAGGCCCCAAACUGAAGGGGGACGUGGAUGUCUCUGUCCCCAAGUUGGAAGGACCCGAGGUGGACAUCAAGGCCCCCAAAGUCGACAUUGAUGUGCCAGAUGUAGAUCUUCAUGGUCCAGAGGGCAAAUUCAAGAUGCCCAAGUUCAAAAUGCCCAAGUUUGGGAUGCCGGGGUUCAAAGCAGAAGGUCCAGAGGUGGAUGUGAACCUCCCAAAAGGGGACAUUGAUAUUUCUGGCCCAAAGGUCGACAUUGAAGGUCCAGAGGUGAACAUUGAAUGUCCUGAGGGGAAGGUGAAGGGUCCCAAGUUCAAGAUGCCCGAGAUGCACUUCAAGACACCCAAGAUUUCAAUGCCAGACAUUGACCUAAAUCUGAAAGGCCCCAAAGUGAAGGGGGACGUAGACGUGUCCGUUCCCAAGCUGGAAGGUGAAUUGAAAGGUCCUGAGGUGGACAUCAAGGGCCCCAAAGUCGACAUUGAUGUGCCAGAUGUGGACGUUCACGGCCCAGAAGGCAAAUUCAAGAUGCCCAAGUUCAAAAUGCCCAAAUUCGGGAUGCCGGGGGUGAAAGCAGAAGGUCCAGAGGUGGAUGUGAACCUGCCGAAAGGGGACAUUGAUGUUUCUGUCCCAAAAGUCGAUGUCGAGAUGCCCAGCGUGGACAUUGAAGGUCCCGAAGGGAAGGUGAAAGGCCCCAAGUUCAAGAUGCCCGAGAUGCACAUCAAAGCCCCCAAGAUCUCCAUGCCCGACAUCGACUUGAACCUGAAGGGCCCCAAAGUGAAGGGGGGCGUUGAUGUCUCCGUUCCAAAAUUAGAAGGGGACCUGAAGGGCCCCGAUGUGAACAUUAAAGGUCCCAAGCUGGAUGUUGAUGUUCCCGAUGUUGAUGUUGAAGGCCCUGAGGGCAAAUGGAAAGGGCCCAAGAUAAAAAUGCCCGAUAUGCACAUUAAGGCCCCAAAACUUUCCAUGCCCGACAUGGAUCUCAACUUGAAAGGUCCCAAAGUGAAGGGAGAAAUGGAUGUUUCCGUACCCAAAAUAGAAGGAGACCUGAAAGGGCCGGAUCUGGAACUGAAAGGGCCCAAAGUGGACAUAGACGUUCCUGACGUGGACCUGGAAGGCCCAGAGGGGAAGCUGAAGGGCCCCAAAUUCAAGAUGCCCGAGAUGCACUUCAAAGCCCCCAAGAUCUCCAUGCCCGACUUCGACCUCAACCUCAAAGGCCCCAAAGUCAAGGGGGACGUGGACGUUUCCCUUCCAAAAAUGGAGGGUGAUCUGAAAGGCCCGGAUGUUGACAUCAAAGGCCCGAAACUGGACGUGAACGUUCCCGACGUGGAGCUGGAGUGUCCAGAUGCAAAAAUUAAAGGCCCCAAGUUCAAGAUGCCCGAGAUGCACUUCAAGACGCCCAAGAUCUCCAUGCCCGACAUCGACUUGAACCUGAAGGGUCCAAAGCUGAAGGGAGACGUGGAUGUUUCUGCCCCCAAACUAGAGGGUGACCUGAAAGGCCCCGAGAUAGACAUCAAAGGCCCCAAAGUGGACAUAGAAGCUCCCAAUGUGGAUAUUGAGGUCCCAGAGGGGAAGUUGAAAGGCCCCAAAUUUAAGAUGCCGGAGAUGCAUUUUAAGGCUCCCAAAAUCUCGAUGCCGGAUUUUGAUCUGAACCUGAAAGGCCCGAAAGUGAAGGGGGAUGUGGAGGUGGAGAUGCCGAGUGUGGAAGGUGACCUGAAAGGGCCUGAAGUCACAUUGAAAGGCCCGAAAGUGGAUGUAGAGGCUCCGGAUCUUGAGUUGGAAUGUCCAGAAGGGAAGCUGAAGGGUCCCAAAUUCAAGAUGCCUGAGAUGCACUUCAAAGCCCCCAAGAUCUCCAUGCCUGACUUCGACCUCAACCUCAAAGGCCCCAAAGUCAAGGGGGACGUGGACGUUUCCCUUCCAAAAAUGGAGGGUGAUCUGAAAGGCCCGGACGUUGACAUCAAAGGCCCGAAACUGGACGUUGACCUUCCUGACGUGGAGCUGGAAGGUCCAGAAGGAAAAGUUAAAGGCCCCAAGUUCAAGAUGCCUGAGAUGCACUUCAAGACACCCAAGAUCUCCAUGCCUGACAUUGACUUGAACCUGAAGGGCCCCAAAGUGAAGGGAGAUGUGGACGUGUCUGUUCCCAAACUGGAAGGUGAUUUGAAAGGCCCAGAAAUUGAUAUCAAAGGCCCCAAGGUUGAUGUUGACCUUCCUGACGUUGAGCUGGAAGGACCAGAGGGGAAGCUGAAGGGUCCCAAAUUCAAGAUGCCUGAGAUGAACAUCAAGGCCCCCAAGUUCUCCAUGCCUGAUGUUGACUUCAAUCUGAAAGGCCCCAAACUGAAGGGGGACGUGGAUGUGUCUGUCCCCAAGCUGGAGGGUGACCUGAAGGGUCCCGAGGUGGACAUCAAGGCCCCCAAAGUCGACAUUGAUGUGCCAGAUGUAGAUCUUCAUGGCCCAGAAGGCAAAUUCAAGAUGCCCAAGUUCAAAAUGCCCAAAUUUGGGAUGCCGGGGUUCAAAGCAGAAGGUCCAGAGGUGGAUGUGAACCUGCCAAAAGGGGACAUUGAUAUUUCUGGCCCAAAGGUGGACAUUGAAGGUCCAGAGGUGGAUAUUGAAGGUCCUGAGGGGAAGGUGAAGGGUCCUAAGUUCAAGAUGCCCGAGAUGCACAUCAAGGCACCCAAGUUCUCCAUGCCUGAUGUUGACUUCAAUCUGAAAGGCCCCAAAGUGAAGGGAGAUGUGGACGUGUCCGUUCCAAAGCUGGAAGGUGAAUUGAAAGGUCCUGAGGUGGACAUCAAGGCCCCCAAAGUCGACAUUGAUGUGCCAGAUGUAGAUCUUCACGGUCCAGAAGGCAAAUUCAAGAUGCCCAAGUUCAAAAUGCCCAAAUUCGGGAUGCCGGGGGUGAAAGCAGAAGGUCCAGAGGUGGAUGUGAACCUGCCGACAGGAAACCUGGAUGUUUCUGGUCCAAAGGUGGACAUUGAGGGUCCAGAGGUGGACAUUGAAUGCCCAGAGGCGAAGGUGAAGGGUCCCAAGUUCAAGAUGCCCGAGAUGCACAUCAAGGCCCCCAAAAUCUCCAUGCCUGACAUCGACUUGAACCUGAAGGGCCCCAAAGUGAAGGGAGAUGUGGACGUGUCCGUUCCCAAGCUGGAAGGUGAUUUGAAAGGCCCAGAAAUUGAUAUCAAAGGCCCCAAGGUUGAUGUUGACCUUCCUGACGUUGAGCUGGAGGGUCCAGAAGGGAAAGUGAAGGGUCCCAAGUUCAAGAUGCCCGAAAUGCACAUCAAGGCACCCAAGUUCUCCAUGCCUGACGUUGACUUCAAUCUGAAAGGCCCCAAACUGAAGGGGGACGUGGAUGUGUCUGUCCCCAAGCUGGAGGGUGACCUGAAGGGUCCUGACGUGGACAUUAAAGGUCCCAGCGUUGACAUUGAUGUGCCAGAUGUAGAUCUUCAUGGCCCAGAAGGCAAAUUCAAGAUGCCCAAAUUCAAGAUGCCUGAGAUGCACAUCAAGGCCCCCAAAGUCGACAUUGAUGUGCCAGAUGUAGAUCUUCAUGGCCCAGAAGGCAAAUUCAAGAUGCCUGAGAUGCACAUCAAGGCCCCCAAAGUCGACAUUGAUGUGCCAGAUGUAGAUCUUCAUGGCCCAGAAGGCAAAUUCAAGAUGCCUGAGAUGCACAUCAAGGCCCCCAAAGUCGACAUUGAUGUGCCAGAUGUGGACGUUCAUGGCCCAGAGGGAAAAUUCAAGAUGCCCAAGUUCAAAAUGCCCAAGUUUGGGAUGCCCGGCUUCAAAGCAGAAGGUCCAGAGGUGGACGUGAACCUCCCAAAAGGGGACAUUGAUAUUUCUGGGCCAAAGGUGGACAUUGAAGGUCCAGAGGUGGAUAUUGAAGGUCCUGAGGGGAAGGUGAAGGGUCCUAAGUUCAAGAUGCCUGAGAUGCACAUCAAGGCCCCCAAAAUCUCCAUGCCUGACAUUGACUUGAACCUGAAGGGCCCCAAAGUGAAGGGAGAUGUGGAUGUGUCCGUUCCCAAGCUGGAAGGUGAUUUGAAAGGCCCAGAAAUUGAUAUCAAAGGCCCCAAGGUUGAUGUUGACCUUCCUGACGUUGAGCUGGAAGGGCCAGAGGGGAAGCUGAAGGGUCCCAAGUUCAAGAUGCCUGAGAUGCACUUCAAAGCACCCAAGUUCUCCAUGCCAGAUGUUGACUUCAAUCUGAAAGGCCCCAAACUGAAGGGGGACGUGGAUGUGUCUGUCCCCAAGCUGGAAGGUGAAUUGAAAUGUCCUGAUGUGGACAUCAAGGGCCCCAAAGUUGACAUUGAGGCACCUGAUGUGGACCUUCAUGGCCCAGAAGGUAAAAUAAAAUUGCCCAAGUUCAAAAUGCCCAAGUUUGGGGUGAAAGCAGAAGGUCCAGAGGUGGACGUGAACCUCCCAAAAGGAGACAUUGAUGUUUCUGUCCCCAAAGUGGACAUUGAAGGUCCAGAGGUGGACAUUGAAGGUCCCGAAGGGAAGUUGAAAGGCCCCAAAUUUAAGAUGCCCGAGAUGCACAUCAAGGCCCCCAAGAUCUCCAUGCCCGAUGUCGACUUCAAUCUGAAAGGCCCCAAAGUGAAGGGCGACGUGGACAUGUCCCUUCCUAAGCUGGAAGGUGAAUUGAAAUGUCCUGACGUGGACAUCAAGGGCCCCAAAAUCGACAUCGAGGCACCCGACGUGGACCUUCACGGGCCAGAAGGUAAAAUCAAAUUGCCCAAGUUCAAAAUGCCCAAAUUUGGGGUGCCGGGGCUGAAAGGAGAAGGCCCAGAAGUUGAAGUGAAUCCACCCGAAGUCGAUGUCGCUCUUGCGGGUCCAAAGGUUGACGUUAACGUUCCCGAUCUGGACAUCGAAGGCCCAGAAGGAAAACUUAAAGGCCCUAAAUUUAAGAAGCCGGACAUAGAAUUCAACGUUCCCAAAAUCUCCAUGCCCGAUAUCGACCUCAAUUUGAAAGGCCCCAAACUGAAAGGUGACGUUGAUCCUUCCCUUCCCAAAAUAGAGGGAGAACUGAAAGCUCCUAAAGUGGACAUCAAAGGGCCGGAACUGGAGGUCGAAGGCCCCAAGCUGGACCUUGAGGGAAAAGCUAAAAAAUCUAGGUUUAAACUUCCCAAAUUUGGCUUUUCCGGCCCAAAAGUGCAAAGCCCUGAAGUGGACGUGAAACUUAAAAAACCCGACGUGGAAAUAUCUGGGCCCAAAGUCGAUGUUCAGGCUCCGGAGGUGGACAUUCAGGCCAAAUCCAAAGGGUCUAAAUUUAAAAUGCCCUUUCUGAGUAUUUCUUCCCCCAAAGUUUCGAUGCCCGACGUGGAGCUAAAUCUCAAAGGCCAUAAAGUAAAAGGAGAGUUAGAUCUUUCCAGCCCCAAGUUGGAAGGGGAACUGAAAGGUCCCGAGGUGGACAUCAAAGGCCCCAAAGUCAACGUUGAGGCACCCGACGUGGACAUUCACGGGCCGGAAGGUAAAAUCAAAAUGCCCAAGUUCAAAAUGCCCAAAUUUGGGGUGUCCGGCUUGAAGGCGGAGGGGCCGGAGGUGGACCUGAGCCUUCCCAAAGGAGAGUUGGAUGUUUCAGGUCCCAAGCUUGAGGUGGAAGGUCCUGGUUUGGAGAUUGAAGGCCCAGAGGGGAAGUUGAAGGGCCCCCAGUUCAAGAUGCCGGAGAUGAACAUCAAAGCCCCCAAGAUCUCCAUGCCUGACAUCGACCUGAACCUGAAAGGCCCCAAAGUCAAGGGGGACGUGGACGUCUCCCUUCCCCAGGUGGAUCUAAAAGGCCCAAAAGUAGACCUGGAAGGUCCUGACCUUGAUGUUGAAGGUCCCAAGGGCAAACUGAAAGGCCCCAAGUUUAAAAUGCCCGAAAUGAAUAUCAAGGCCCCCAAUAUUUCGAUGCCGGACUUUGAUUUGAAUUUGAAAGGUCCCAAGGCAAAAGGAGGGGUGGACGUCGAUCUCUCCGGGCCAAAACUGGAAGGGGACCUGAACGUGCCAGAUGUCCACCUCAAAGGCCCAAAGCUGGACGUGGACGCCCCAGAUCUGGACAUCGAAGGCCCAGAAGGAAAACUGAAAGGUCCCAAGUUUAAAAUGCCAGAAAUGCACAUAAAAGCACCCAAAAUUUCCAUGCCUGAUGCCAGCUUGAACCUCAAAGGUCCCAAGCUGAAAGGAGACCUAGACCUUUCUGCCCCAAAGCUGGAAGGGGAUUUGAAGGCUCCUGAGGUGGAUAUUGGAGGCCCCAAAGUUGACAUCGAGGUCCCUGAUGUGGACAUUCACGGCCCGGAGGGGAAACUCAAGAUGCCCAAGUUCAAAAUGCCCAAAUUUGGGAUGCCGGGGUUCAAAGCAGAAGGUCCAGAGGUGGAUGUGAACCUGCCGAAAGGGGACAUUGAUGUUUCUGUUCCAAAGGUGGACAUUGAAGGUCCAGAGGUGGACAUUGAAGGCCCUGAAGGAAAAAUUAAAGGCCCCAAAUUUAAGAUGCCCGAGAUGCACAUCAAGGCCCCCAAAAUCUCCAUGCCCGACAUCGACUUGAACCUGAAGGGCCCCAAAGUGAAGGGGGAUGUGGACGUGUCUCUUCCCAAGCUGGAAGGUGACCUGAAGGGUCCUGAACUGGAUAUAAAAGGUCCUAAAGUAGACGUAGACCUUCCCGAUGUGGAGAUGGAAGGACCGGAAGGCAAACUGAAAGGCCCCAAGUUGAAGAUGCCGGAGAUGCAUUUUAAGGCUCCCAAAAUCUCGAUGCCGGAUUUUGAUCUGAACCUGAAAGGCCCGAAAGUGAAGGGGGAUGUGGAGGUGGAGAUGCCGAGUGUGGAAGGUGACCUGAAAGGCCCAAAAGUGGAUGUUAAAGGUCCCGAGUUGGACGUUAGCGCCCCAGAUGUUCAAAUCGAGGGGCCAGAGGGGAAGCUGAAGGGUCCCAAAUUCAAGAUGCCCGAGAUGCACUUCAAAGCCCCCAAGAUCUCCAUGCCUGACUUCGACCUCAACCUCAAAGGCCCCAAAGUCAAGGGGGACGUGGACGUUUCCCUUCCAAAAAUGGAGGGCGACCUGAAAGGCCCGGACGUUGACAUCAAAGGCCCAAAACUGGACGUUGACCUUCCUGACGUGGAGCUGGAAGGUCCGGAAGGAAAAGUUAAAGGUCCCAAGUUCAAGAUGCCUGAAAUGCACUUCAAGACACCCAAGAUCUCCAUGCCUGACAUCGACUUGAACCUGAAGGGCCCCAAAGUGAAGGGAGACAUCGACGUGUCCCUUCCCAAACUGGAAGGGGACUUGAAGGGCCCAGAAAUUGAUAUCAAAGGCCCCAAGGUUGAUGUUGACCUUCCUGACGUUGAGCUGGAAGGUCCUGGAGGGAAACUGAAAGGCCCCAAGUUCAAGAUGCCCGAGAUGAACAUCAAGGCACCCAAGUUCUCCAUGCCUGAUGUUGACUUCAAUCUGAAGGGCCCCAAGCUGGAGGGUGACCUGAAAGGUCCUGAGGUGGACAUCAAGGGCCCCAAAGUUGACAUUGAUGUGCCAGAUGUGGACGUUCACGGCCCAGAAGGCAAAUUCAAGAUGCCCAAGUUCAAAAUGCCCAAGUUUGGGAUGCCGGGGGUGAAAGCAGAAGGUCCAGAGGUGGACGUGAACCUCCCAAAAGGGGACAUUGAUAUUUCUGGUCCAAAGGUGGACAUUGAAGGUCCAGAGGUGGAUAUUGAAGGCCCUGAAGGAAAAAUUAAAGGCCCCAAAUUUAAGAUGCCAGAGAUGCACAUCAAGGCACCCAAGAUCUCCAUGCCUGACAUCGACUUGAACCUGAAAGGCCCCAAAGUGAAGGGAGACAUCGACGUGUCCGUUCCCAAACUGGAAGGUGAUUUGAAAGGCCCAGAAAUUGAUAUCAAAGGCCCCAAGGUUGAUGUUGACCUUCCUGACGUUGAGCUGGAAGGUCCUGAAGGGAAACUCAAAGGCCCCAAGUUCAAGAUGCCCGAGAUGAACAUCAAAGCACCCAAAUUCUCCAUGCCUGACGUUGACUUCAAUCUGAAGGGCCCCAAGAUAGAGGGUGACCUAAAGGGUCCCGAGGUGGACAUCAAGGGCCCCAAAGUCGACAUUGAGGCUCCUGACGUGGACAUUCAUGGUCCAGAAGGCAAAUUCAAGAUGCCCAAGUUCAAAAUGCCCAAGUUUGGGAUGCCGGGGGUGAAAGCAGAAGGCCCAGAGGUGGACGUGAGCCUGCCGACAGGAAACCUGGACGUUUCUGGCCCAAAGGUGGACAUUGAAGGUCCAGAGGUGAACAUUGAAGGCCCUGAAGGAAAAAUUAAAGGCCCCAAGUUCAAGAUGCCUGAGAUGCACAUCAAGGCCCCCAAGAUCUCCAUGCCCGACAUCGACUUGAACCUGAAAGGCCCCAAGGUGAAAGGAGACGUCGACGUGUCGGUGUCAGGACCAGAAUGUGAACUGAAAGGUCCUGAGGUCAACAUCGGGGCUCCUAAAUUGGACGUUGGUGCCCCUGAUGUCCACAUCGACAGUCCGGAGGGGAAGUUCAAGCUGCCUAAAUUCAAAAUGCCCAAAUUUUCCAUGCCCGGCUUUAAGGGGGAGGGGGUGGACGUGGAUGUGAACCUCCCGAAGGGAGACGUGGACAUUUCGGGCCCCAGCGUCGAGGUGGAGGCCCCUGACCUGAACCUGGAUGGAAAAGUCAAAGGUCCCAAAUUUUCCAUGCCCGAGAUGCACAUUAAGGCUCCCAAGGUCUCCCUCCCCGACGUCGACCUCAACAUCAAAGGGCCUCAACUGAAAGGAGACCUCGAUGUCUCGGGACCCAAGCUGGAAGGUGAUUUGAAAGGACCCCAAAUCGACGUAAAAGCCCCCAAAAUAGACGUUGACGUUCCUGAUGUGACCAUAGAAGGGCCCGAAGGGAAACUCAAAGGCCCCAAGUUCAAGAUGCCCGAGAUGCACAUCAAGGCCCCCAAGUUCUCCAUGCCCGACGUUGACUUCAAUCUGAAGGGCCCCAAAGUGAAGGGGGACGUGGACCUCUCGGCACCGAAGCUGGAAGGGGAUCUGCAGUGUCCGGACGUUGACAUCAAAGGCCCCAAGUUGGACCUUCAGGCACCUGAGGUGAACAUCGAAGGGCCCGAAGGAAAACUGAAAGGUCCCAAGAUGAAGAUGCCAGAAAUGCACAUCAAGACCCCCCAGAUCUCCAUGCCGGACAUAGACCUGAACCUCAAGGGCCUGAAGUGUAAAGGUGACGCUGACCUUCAAGGCCCCAAGCUGGAGGGAGGUCUGAAGGGUCCUGAAAUUGACAUUAAAGGCCCCAAAGUUGACAUCCAGGGCCCGGAAGUCGACGUCGAUGGCCUGGAGGGAAAAGUGAAGAUGCCUAAAAUGAAGCUGCCCAAGUUUGGCUUUAAAGGAGAAGGUCCUGACGUGGAUGUGAACCUGCCGAAGGCCGAGGUGGACCUUUCGGGCCCCAAGGUGGACAUCAGUGCCCCAGACGUGAGCGUGGAAGGGCCGGAGGGAAAACUGAAAGGUCCUAAACUGAAGAUGCCGGAGAUGCACAUGAGCGUUCCCAAAAUCUCCAUGCCCGAGAUCGACUUGAGUUUGAAAGGCCACAAAACCAAGGGGGGCUUUGACCUCUCCACCCCAAAGAUGGAAGGCCACCUGAAAGGUCCUGAAGUUGAUAUCAAAGGCCCCGAAGUGGGAAUCAAAGGCCCCGAAGUGGACGUGGAAUGCCCCGACCUCAACAUCGAAGGCCCGGAGGCCAACGUCAAACUCCCCAAAUUUAAGAAGCCCAAGUUUGGGUUCGGGAUGAAAAGCCCAAAGGGGGAGGUCAAGGCCCCAGGGGUAGAAGUGGAUUUACCGGAGGCGGAGCUCAACCUGGAGUCGCCAGACGUCAACCUGGGUGGGAAGGGCAAGAAGAGCAAGUUCAAGAUGCCCAAACUUCACGUGAGCGGCCCCAAAGUCAAAGGCAAGAAAGGUGGGUUCGACGUCAACGUGGCGGGUGGAGAACUCGAUGGGAACCUGAAAUCUCCUGACCUGGACGUCAACAUGGCUGGUCCUGACGUGACCAUCAAAGGUGACGCUUCGGUGAAGUCCCCCAAGGGGAAAAAACCCAUGUUUGGGAAAAUCUCCUUCCCAGACGUUGAAUUUGAUCUUAAAUCACACCGAUUCAGAGGGGACGCCUCAGUGACCGUCCCAAAACUCGAGGGGGAACUUCCCAGCGGGCAGGUGGGCCUUGGGGACUUGAAAAUGGAGGGCGACCUGAAAGGCCCCGGCCUUGACGUCACCGUUCCCUCCAUCCCGGUGCCGGAGGUCGAUUUGAACGUGAAAGGACCAAAAAUCAAAGGGGAAAUGGGUGUUUCUGGAGUGGAACUGGAAGGUCCCGAAGGAAAGUUGAAAUUGCCCAAAGGUGGGAAGAUGGGUCUGGGUUUGGAAAUGCCGGAGGGAAACUUGGAUCUCUCGGCCCCCGACGUGAAGCUCAAAGGGCCCCAAAUCUCGGGCCCCGAUUUUGAUGGCAACCUGAAAGGACCAAAACUGAAGGGAGAUCUGGACGUUUCGGGUUCGGUGGAAGGGCCCAAGGUCAACCUGGAGGCGCCGGGUGUCGACCUCGGAGGCCUGGGAGGGAAGAUGAAGCUGCCCAAGGUGAAACCCCCCACCAUGGAGGGCCCUGACCUCAGCGUGAAGGGGGGCCUCGACUGCUCCGUCCCCCGAGUGGAGGUGGACACCAAAGUCCCUGGUGCUGACCUCCACCUUAGCACCCCGGGCGUCGAUAUCCAAGGGCCCUCGGUGGACGUUUCCGCCCCGGAUUUGGAUUUAAACCUGAAAGGACCAAAGUUGAAGGGUGACCUCGACGUUUCCGCCGGCAUCAAAGCCCCCAAAGCUUCGGCGGACGCCCCCGAUGUCGGCUUCGAAAUUCUGGGGGGCACCAUCAAGCUCCCGUCCCUCAAGCUCCCCCAGUUUGGUGUUUCCAGCCCUGAAGGGGGUGUCACUCUUGAAGGCCCCCAAGUCAAAGGAGGCCUGAAGGGCUCCGGGGUUGGGUUGGAAGGACCCGACGUAGAAUUGAAAGGGCCGAAAUUUCAAGCGCCGGACGUUGACCUCAAGCUGAAAGGACCAAACCUACGGGGCGAGGUGGACGUCGCCGGUGACAUCAAAGGCCCCAAAGUCAACGUGGAAGCUCCUCGCGUCGACCUCAAGGAGCCCGGAGCCAGUGUCCACCUCGAAGCUCCAGCCUUGGACGUGUCCAAAGUUUCCGGGUCGGGUUUUAACCUCAACGUGAAAGGCCCCAAGAUCAAAGGUGGUGCCACCAUCUCUGGAGAGGCGGCCACCGCCGGUGGCGGAGGCCUUCACCUCACCGGCCCCAAAGUGGCCAUCGGUGGCCCCAGCGUCACCCUCGGUAGCCCAGAAAGCGGUGGUGGCGGCGGCAAAGUCUCCUUCCCCAAGUUACGAAUGCCCAAAUUUGUCUUUUCCGACCCGGAGGUGAAGGGCAGGGAGAUGGGGGUGGACGUGGAGUUCCCGGGGGGGGACCCCAACCUCUCCUCCGGCGUCGCCGUUGAGGUGGAAUCGGAGGAGGCCGACGUCCGGCUGAAGAAAUCCAAGCUCAAAAUGCCCAAAUUCAAUUUUUCCAAGGCCAAAGGGAAAAGCGGCGGCGGCGGCGCCUCCUCUUCCUCCUUGAGCUCCCCCGAAGUUUCGGGGUCCAUCUCGGGGUCCAAGGGGGACCUGAAGAGCUCCAAAGCCAGCCUGGGGUCGGUGGAAGGGGAGCUGGAAGGGGAAGGUCCCUCGGCCAAAGGGAAGUUCUCCCUCUUCAAGAGCAAGAAGACGCGGCACCGCUCUUCCUCCUUCAGCGAGGAACGGUCCUCCCACCCCACCGAGGUAGACCUGGCCUCCCCCUCGGGGGUCGGGGGGGAGAAAGUCAAAAUCGGGGGGGGCAAGAUCAAAUUCGGGACGUUCGGGGGGAUGGGCUCCAAAAGCAAAGGUUGUUACGAGGUGACGGGGAGCGAGGAGGAGACGGGGAAGGGACAAGGCGGGUGGGGACCCCCCGGCCCCCCCAAAAAAUCCCCCCGCUCCUCCUCCUCCAGCACCGAC